AUGGCGCCAAAAAAGAGCGUGGCUUGGGAUCAUUUUGAAGACAAGGGCAAUGACAAAGCUCAAUGCAAGUAUUGCAAAAUAGAUAUCUCAUACAAGUCCUCAGUCUCCAAUUUAACAAAACACAUAUAUAGAAAACAUGGCACUAUACAGUUAGUACCCAGGCAAGGCGUUUCAGCUACUGCUGGUAUGACAGAGAGGCAGGCUGCAGCUUCUGUUACUGAUGCAGUAACGCAACUGCAAGGUAAUCCCGUCUCAGUUUCAUAUCCUAAUGCAGCACCUAUAAUAUUAUCAAGGAAUUUAAUGACGUCCUAUUUACGUCAAGACUGCUCAAAAAUUAAAAAAGAUAUAGAUCGACACAUAUUAAAUCUAUUUGUUUACGAUUUACAACCAUUUUCUAUAGUGGAAGACAGGGGGUUUCGGGAACUUAUUGCGUUUGCCUUUCCUAAUUAUAUUUUACCCACCAGGAAAUUUUUUUCAAAUAAUCUGCUGCCUGCUUUAUAUGAAGUCACCAAAACUGAGAUGAAGGAAUUGCUAAGUAUGGAAAUGGUUUCCAUAUGUUUAUCUACCGAUAUGUGGACGUCUCGUAAUGGUGACUGGUUUUUGGGCGUUACCGGACAUUUUAUUGAUCGUAACAUGGUCUUGCGAUCGAUUCUUUUAGAAUGUUGUGCGUUAAGUGGAACGUCGCACAGGGCUUCCGAUUUAGCUGAAGAGUUAUCGCGCAUCGUUCAGGAAUGGGGUCUAGAACGUAAAAUUAUUCUAGCAGUGUCAGACAAUGGGUCCAAUAUUAAAUGUGCUAUAGAGAAAUGUUUGGGUUGGAAACAUUUCAAUUGCUAUGCGCAUUGCAUUAAUUUAGUAGUUACUAAGGCUUUAGAAAAUAAUAGUACGAUCUCUAAUAUCAUACAAAAUGCAAAAAACGUUGUCUCACAUUUUAAAAAAAGUACGGUUGCGUGGGAAAAAUUAAAACGCUACUUAGAACAAGCUGGUAAACCGAUAAUGAGGCCUCUUCAAGAUGUUCCUACCAGGUGGAACUCUACAUACUAUAUGUUAGAGCGCUUAUUACUAUUGAAAGGGGAACUUAAUAGCGCAAUUUCAAAUUUGAACACAAAUAUUCCAGUAUUGUCAGCGAACUAUUGGUCUAUCAUAGAAAAGCUGGUCCUAGUUUUAAAGCCCUCUGAGGAAGUGACAAAAGAGAUAAGCGGCGAUAGAUAUGUGACUGGCAGUUCGGUUAUCCCCAUAACUAUAGCUUUAAAAUCGGCGUUAGUUACUAUACUAGAUUCUUCCGAGCCUUUACCAGAUGACGUAGAAAUGGUGAGGCAGGAUAUUCUAAAUGGACUACAAACCCGUUUUUCUUCGCUACAAUAUAGCCGCACUUUUACGUCGUGCAUGUUUCUAGACCCUCGGUACAAACUCUAUUUCGAAAACGAAAGUACAGCAGAAUCAACAAAAAAACAUGUAAUUGGAUUAAUAACAUCAUUAAUUUUAGAGGAAGCAACAGAACCAGAACAGAAUAUUUCAGAAUCAUCUUCUGUAUCCGGAUCGGAAAACACCAUUUGGGCCCACUAUUACAAAAAAAUGCAAAAUAUUAGGCCCAGUGGUACCGCAUUUUCUAGAGCUGUGGUUGAAGUGCAACGAUACCUAGACGAUACAGUAAUACCAAAAUCUCAUUCGCCUUUAGAAUGGUGGAAGGCUAACAAGAACUCAUACCCACAUUUGGCAAUACUUGCACGGAACAGAUUAAAUUCUCUGGCAACGAGUGUGCCCUGUGAAAGAUUAUUUUCUGCCGCAGGAAAUAUUUUAAGUGACCGUAGGACUCGUCUUGGAGUAAGGAAAAUUAAACAAUUACUUUUCUUACAACAGAAUUUAAAAAAUAAAGCUUAA